GUCACAAAUCAUAUCAAACAAAUCAAGCCAUAAACAAUCCAUCCCGCAGCCAUAUCCAUCUUACUCUGGCCUGCUUACGUUUAUAUUGCAACGGCCCAUCUUUCGUCACGGAAUCUGAACGCAAGUUCGCGUUAACGUUAACGAGCCACGGCGUUUUCCGAUGUCGAUUCCGUUUUGUGACAAAUUACUAUUUUAGGCAGCGCGGGAAAAAAGACGCGGUGGAAAAAUGCUUUUCCCACUUUUAUUAAUCCUUUUUUCUGUUGCAGUGAGCGUUGGAUAUAUCCUUCUCAUUUAGUAAAAAUAAAAUGGUACAAACAAAACCGUUCGGCGCUUGGCCAUCGCCCGUUACUGUGGAAUCGCUUACUGUAGGUAAACCCGCUACGGAUGUUUGUGUUGAUCCGACUACGCAAUGCGUUUACUGGUGCGAAGUGAUUCCGGCCGAAGAAGGACGCGGUCAAAUUUUCUCUCAGUCGCUUCGUGGACCGUCCUCUCCUAAACCGUUGCUUCCCAAAGGCUACAGUUGCGUUUCUCGAGUACACGAAUAUGGCGGUGGUAGUUUCAAAGUGCACAAGGGUCUUCUUGUAUUCUCAAACGAUACCGAUCAUCGUUUGCACAAGAUCGAUUUAACUCGCGAUUCUCUAACCAUCACACCUCUGACUCCGGAGAACAAACUGCUUCGAUAUGCUGAUUUGGACAUUACCGACGAAUACAUUGUUUGCGUUCGUGAGGAGCACUUUGAAAAUGAGGAACCCAAAGACGUCGUCAAUACACUCGUAGCUAUCGACUUGCAAGGCCAGCAACCGGUUCAGAUUAUUGCUCAAGGCAACGAUUUCUAUUCUACCCCUCGUGUUUCACCAGACGGCAAGCACUUGGCUUAUAUCACUUGGGUGCACAGCAACAUGCCCUGGGAUUUUACUCGUCUUUAUUAUGCUAGCAUUCACUACAACGCAGGCAAGCUCACUCUCGACUCGGACGAUUGGAUCGCUGGUAAAACCGUCGAUGAAAGCAUUGUGGAAUGCAAAUUUGGCGUCGAUAAUACGUUGUAUUUCGCCUCGGAUCGCUCAGGCUUUUGGAAUAUUUAUCGCUUUCAUCAAGAUGAAAUCCAACUCGUGCUCGAGAAGCCAUUGUCCCAGGAAUUUGCAGGUCCCGCCUGGCGAUUCAAUGAUUCUUCCUUCAUCCCUUCGCAGACCGAUGCUUCUAAGCUGUACUGCAUCAACAAGUCAAAGCUUGCCGUGAUUGACGUUUCGAGUCGCAAAAUGACGGACAUUCCUACCAACUUUGAGCAUUUUGAUCAGCUACGCACGUUUGUACUGGAUGGUCAGGAAUAUCUUGUUGCCAAUGCCGCUUCUACAACCGCUUCGGUGGAAUUAGUUGCGUUGAACGUGGAUACCAACGAUGUCAGCGUGUUGAAACCUUCCAGUGGACUCUCACUCGAUCCCUCGUAUAUCUCCAUUGGAAAAGAAAUCGAGUUUCCCACCACCGACAACAAAAUAUCUUAUUGUUACUUUUACGAGCCAAAGAAUCCUGAAUAUGUUGGCGAAGGUCAACCUCCGUUGCGUGUGCUUUCUCACGGCGGCCCCACGUCCCAAUCAGACAACGCUUACUCGCUUGCUAUUCAGUACUGGACCACUCGCGGCUUUGCCGUUGCCGAUGUCAAUUACAGUGGCAGCACAGGCUACGGACGGGAAUACCGCAACCGUCUUCAGAAGAACUGGGGUAUUAUGGACGUCGACGAUUGCUGUAAUGCCGCUCUUUAUCUGGCUGAAAAGGGCUUGGUUGAUCGUAAUAAAUUAGCUAUCGAGGGUGGCAGCGCAGGUGGUUUCACGACACUUGCUAGUGUGGCUUUCCGCAAUGUAUUCAGUGCUGGAUGCUGCCUUUACGGCAUUUCGGAUAUCACGCUUCUCGCAAAGGAAACUCAUAAAUUUGAAUCCCGCUAUCCUGAUCAACUUAUCGGCGAGUACCCCAAGGAUGAGCAAGUGUACAUUGAUCGCUCGCCUUUGUUCAAGGCUGACCAGAUUAAAUGCCCUGUCAUCUUUUUCCAAGGUGCUGAGGACAAGGUAGUCCCACCUUCGCAAUCGGAAAUUAUGGUCGAGGCUAUGAAGAAAAAGGGAGUUCCUGUUGCUUAUGUGAAAUACGAAGGCGAAGCUCACGGUUUCCGUCGGGCUGAAAACAUUAAGCGCACCAUGGAACUUGAACAAUGGUUCUAUGGUCAAAUUUUCGGCUUCCCUGUUGAAGGCAUUGAAGGAGUGGAAAUUUACAAUUUCUCACCAUCGCAGUAAAUGAAAAUCAUUAUCGUCUGGUUCCUCCAUAUGCGAUCUUUACCCAUGUUCAUCCUCUCUUUGGAUGCUGAAAAGCUCGUACAAAAUAAAACCAUGUCACAAUGAUGGAACGUUGAUGCAACUUCACACUAAGAGCACAUCAAUGUACUAUCGCAAACUGAUAACACGACCC